CGAGAAUUUCUCUCCUCCCGUCAUGCCUCAGAAUGAAUAUAUCGAGGAGCACAUAAAAAGGCAUGGAAGAAGAUUAGAUCAUUUCGAGCGAAAGCGCAAAAAAGAGGCUCGUGAAGCCCACCGUUCUUCAGCAUACGCCCAAAAAGCAUUUGGUAUAAAGGCCAAGCUCCUCCAUGCUAAGCGACACGCCGAGAAGGUUCAACUCAAGAAGACCCUCAAAGCCCACGACGAGCGCAAUAUAAAACAAGCUGACUCAUCAACUGUACCGGAUGGCGCGCUCCCCACCUACCUUCUUGAUCGUGAAGGGCAAAAAGAUGCGAAAGCCCUCUCCACUGCCAUCAAGCAGAAGCGGAAAGAUAAAGCGGCCAAGUAUUCCGUUCCCUUACCCAAAGUUCGUGGUAUUGCGGAAGACGAAAUGUUCAAGGUCAUGAAAACCGGGAAAAGCAAGAGCAAGGCAUGGAAGAGGAUGGUCACGAAAGCGACGUUUGUAGGGGAGGGUUUCACAAGAAAACCGGUCAAGAUGGAACGUUUCAUCCGGCCCAUGGCCUUGCGGUAUAAGAAAGCUAAUGUCACACAUCCCGACCUAAAGGCCACAUUCCAACUUCAGAUUCUCGGCGUCAAGAAAAACCCUCAGUCACCUAUGUACACACAACUCGGUGUGAUGACAAAAGGCACGGUGAUAGAGGUGAACGUUUCCGAGCUCGGAAUGGUCACCACUGGCGGCAAAGUCGUGUUCGGAAAAUAUGCUCAAAUAACUAACAAUCCUGAAAACGACGGUUGUAUUAAUGCUGUCCUCCUCGUGUGAUUCAUGAUAUACCUUCCCAUCUUCCCUGUAUCAUAGAUCUACAUGUAUACUUAGUGGUAUGUCUUGAUACCUCUUCUAGGUUGAUCCCCAAUCUAUGGCUAAGAGAGUCAUCAUGAGUCAUUCUGCCGCAGCUCAGUCAUGUUGGGAAAAGCAUAUUUAUGUGGAGCAGCAAGAAAGCUACGAUUGAACAAUGUCCUUGGAUAUUUACAUAUACUAAAAUACAGUAUUCCGUUGAUACUAAACCAGCAGAGGAAGAGAUAAAU